AUGGGAAUACUGAACCGGUCUUGCGAGUGCAAAAUCGAAUAUUGCAAAACCAGCCACGAAUACAGUAGAAUUCAGACUGAAUUGAACAUGAAAGGAAAUAUGAUAGUUCUCCACUUCUUGCACGGGAGUCUUGCAGAUUCAGACACGAGCUCAACACAGCUUACGGCGACUCUGAACUACCACACCACACUGCAAACGUUAAACCACACACUGCAAACGUUAAACCACACACUGCAAACGUUAAACCACACACUGCAAACGUUAAACCACACACCACAAACGACCAUGUCUACUGUCACCGACAUGUCUGCAUCACGCAUCACCGAGAAAGCCGAAUCCAUGCACGAUACCUCUCCGGCCUACGAUUUCACCUCACGACCGCCCCCAACCACCAGUCCAGAGCCUACACAGGAAGCACGCCCCCACUGUCCAGAAUGCAACGUCCCGCCCCGAGACUCACCAUGCGCGCAGCUCAUCGCAGUAGCAGCAACGAUAGCGCUCUGCAUCGCCCCGCCCCUCUUCGUGCUGGGCCUCUACCUCAACCCCACCGGCAGAAGCUCCACUGCCCACCACCACGCCACCACGCACCGCAGCAACCGCACACACGAGCCGGUCCAGCUCCGGCGGAGCUUCGUCCGCCGCAACACUGCCUUUGGUACCAACCUCAUGCUGUGGAUUCUCGUCUGCGGCAUGGGCGUCGCCAUGGUGGUGGGGCUGGGCGCGGGCUUUGUGCUAAGGAGGCGUGGACAGAUCCGUGUCCGGGAGCGAGAGAGGUGGGGUGCUGGAGCGGAAGCGCAGCGGGGGUUUGGUGGGGAGAGGGGUGUAGUGAUGCAGGCGGGAGGGUGUUAA